GGGUGGACAAUUGAAUGGAGUUUCAUGAAAAUCAUUCACAAAUCUUGGCAUAGUUUUCCUCAAAAUAAGUAGAAUGUCCUAAUUUUCCCAUGAUUCCAGGCGAUAUUUCUUGUAAACUUGCAGACGGCGGGAACAGAGGAGGCCUGCCUGGAGGGCUGUUUUUCUCUAAACUUGUUUUUCUUAGAAAGACGGAGAAAUGAUGCCGUGGAGAUUAUAGCUAAAGUAAAAGUCAGAAGAGAAAGAGAAUCGGCUCUUAUUGAUUGAGGAUGACGCGCAGAGGUGGAAGGUGGCGGGGGCGCGGUUCCAGCGGGGCACCGCGGCGGGGUGGCAGCAGGGGUAACUCUGCUGAGGCAUGCCACAACUCCCGCAGGAUCAGUUUCAUCAAACAAGAGAAGCAAGAUGACAGCUAUGGCGAUGUCAAAGUGAAGUCGUUUGAGGAGAUUAUGGAAGAGAAGAGGCUGAGACGACUGGGCCAGCAGACAGCUGCGGGGAGCUCUGCAGCACCUGGUGCACCUGCAGACAUCAGCGAGACUUGCAGCACACCAGGUCGACCAAAGGCCAGUCCUGUCCACAGUGUCCGCAGUGCUGUAUCAGAUCCUGGGGCAACGGCAGUGUUUCCAGGUGUCACCUGGUUCAACAACAAUUCAGGCAACAACACAACACAGGAAACAUGGACUAGCACUAGUGAGUCAUCAACCCCAGUUCGACCACUUGCUUCCAUACUGAAAAGUUCAUCUCCUUCUCCACAUGUACCUGGUGUUCAGUUUGGUACACCAAUCAUAUACCUGGACCGCUUGUCACGGUCACAGGAAGAUGAGUUGUUGAGAGGUGGGAUGAUCAGGACACCCUCCAACUCACCUUCCCCAAGCAGGGGAUCACCUUCUGCCAGAGAGAGAAUGCCAAAAGGCAAGAAAAACAAGACAGGAGGAAAAUCAGCAGAAACAAAAGCUGACGCAAAAGCCACAAGGGAAGCUUCUGCAGAGUCAUCAGCUGUUGUGGGAAAGGUAGAAAUAGAUGGAGGCUCUCUUGACAGAUUUGGCGACUCCAGUGGACUCCUUGGACUACGUAAUCUGUUGAAGAGCAGCACAAAUAAAAAAACAGUAGACAGUGUGACACUGCAAGGUGAAGUACCAACAGAUACAGUUGGUGAACUCUUCUCUCCUUUUUCAAGUCACACUGUCUCAGAGGGAAGUCCAUUCAGGUCACAUCAGCAGCAAGAAGUGGUGGUUGUUGUUGAUAGUUCUGGGGAUGAAAGUGACACAAAGAUGCAUUCCAGUAAAGCCAGAAAGAAAACUAGAAGAAAAGCGAGUGAAGAACAACAGCUCUUUUCAUUGAAUCUUGCCUGUAUAAAGAAGGAAGCAGAAGAAGAUUCCAGUUAUAAGUCAAACCCAGGCCUUUUUCUGCUUCAGGACUCUUUAACACAGCCUUACAGGAACAGCACAAUGGACUUAGACAUACCUGAGGUCAUGAGAAAUAGCCCCUUGACUGCAGCUUCUUCUGAGACACACCAAGAAGCAGGACAGUCUUCUUCACCUGUUGAGGAGCAGCCUGAAACAUCAGGUAGUAGCCGUAAUGUCUGGGACAUCUUUGCUGAUAAUAUUUCCAAACCUACUGAGCCGGAACAGUCUUUUGCUGAAUUUGUAGAUGUUCCCACGUCCACUCCCACAGUCCCAGCAGUUUCAGACCAUCCUAAACAAACCGUUUCUUCAGUUGACCAUUUUGAUGUGACCCAAAUAUCAAGGUCAUCAUCUCCGAACAGCGACACGUAUUCCGUGCUUAUGCAGAGCGUGCAGGAAAUGUCCAAGUUAGACAGAGAACACCAAAUGUCUACAUGUUCACUGGAGGACGACAUCUCCAAUAGCAACUCCGUAGAAACCACGGGUACAAACAACUGUCCCAGCCUGAAUCAGCCUGAGCCUGAGAACAGCUGUAAUGAACUGCUGAAUGAACCACCCAUGCUGUUCUUUCAACCACAGGAUGAGACCAGUCCCGAAGCUUCCAGUGUCCCUGGCUGCAGCAUGUCUUCUGCUGUGCUCUGUCCUGCCACUCAGUUUGUACCAUCAGAUGUACAGAAGAACUUGGACCUUUCCCCUCCCAACUUGUUGCCUUACUCCUUAGCUCUCACCCCAGCAGACACUGAACACAUCUCAGAAAUAAAGUUAUUACAAGUAAGUCAAGGUGCAAGCAGAGAAGAGACAUCCUUGGCUGAGGACUGCACAAAACAGGACCAAACAGACAAUGAGAAAAACACCAAUCCACCGGCUAAAAAUCCUUCAGUUGUAUCAACUUAUUCAAUGAACAAAGAGCCAGAAGAAGACAUGUUAUUGUUAUCCUUUCAAAAACUGGAGACAUUGGAGAAAGAUAGGAAGACAUGUCCCCUUUCCCAAAGUGCAAAAGAUGAAGAGAACAAGAGUGCCAAAGAUGAAGAGAAUGAGUUGUUGCAAAUAGUCCAAGAAAUUCCUGCAAUAAGAACUUCUCAACUCGACAUUUCUCCUGUAGAAAAAGAGUCUACAAUUCCAGCUUUAACACCAGUGAAAACUGCAAGUGAGGGAGAGAAAUCAAAACAGGUCAAACGGCAAUCAGCAAGGCUGAAACAAAAGUCUGGAAGGAAUGAUCAAGUGGAACAUAAGUCACCUACUAGUGUGGGACAAAACUCGCCACGCAUUAGACAGAAGUCACCACGCAUCAGACAGAAGUCACCACGAGUUGGGAAAAAGACACCACCUGAGAAACAGACUGCAUCACAGGUGGGGAAGAACUCAGGCGAGGUAGAACAAAACUCUCAACAUCUUGGUAUAAAGCCACCACAGAAGGACCAGGACUCACCCCGGCUUAAAAAUAAUCAGCAACAACUGGCACAGAACCUGCCAACGUCUACAUAUUCACUGGAGGACAACAUCUUCAAUAGCAACUCUGUAGAAACCACAGGAUCAUACAACUGUGCCAGUCUGAAUCAGCCUGUUUUUGUUGAGCCUGAGAACUGCUGUAAUGAGCUGCUGAAUGAACCACCCAUGCUGAGCCUCCAACCACUGGACGGGACCAUUCCAGAAGCUUCCACCGUCCCUGGCUGCGCCGCGUCUUCUACUGUGCUCUGUCUUGCCACUCAGUCUGUACCAUCAGAGGCAGGUGUACAAAAGAACUUGGACCUUGCCCCUCCCAACUUGUUGCCUUUGUCUCUAGCUCUUAACCCAGGGGAUACUGAACACAUCUCAGAAGCCAAGUUAUUACUCUCAAGUCAAGGUGCAAGCAGAGAAGAGACAUCCAUGACUGAUGACUGUACAAAUGAGAACCAAGCAGAGAAUGAGAAGAACACCAAUCCACCUGCUAAAAAUCCUCCUGUUGUAUCAAGUUAUUCUUUGAACAAAGAGUCAGAAGAAGACAUGUUAUUGUCUUCCUUUCAAACAUUGAUGGUGCCUGUGCCUGCUGAACUGCAGAAGGAGACAUUGGAGACAGAAGGGAAGACAUGUCCCCCUUCCCAAAGUGCCAAAGAUGAAGAGAAUGAGUUGUUGCAAACUGUCCAAGAAAUUCCUGCAAAAACAACUUCUCAACUUGACAUUUCUGCUGUAGAAAAAGAGGCAACAAUGCCAGGUUUAACACCGGUGAAAACUGCAAAUGAGGGACAGAAACGUAAACAGGUCAACCGGAAAUCGCCAAGGCUCAGACAACAGUCUGAAAGGAGCAUGCAGUUGGAACACAAGUCACUAGGUAUGGGACAAGAGUCAUCAGGGGUAGGACUGGACUCGCCAAAGGUGAAAGCUAACCCCCCAUGUGUGGAAAAAAACUCGCCACACUUGGAAUCAAACUCACCACGCAUCAGACAGAAGUCUCCACGCAUUAGACAGAACUCACCACGAGUUGGGAAAAAGACACCAUCCGAGAUACAGACUACAUCACAAGUGGAGAAGAAAUCAGGUGAGGCGGAACAAAACUCUAAGAAGCAACCACAGAAGCAACCACAGAAAGACCAGGACUCGCCCCGGCUGGAAAAGAGCCCUGGACAGCUGGGAGAGAACCCACCACAGCUGGGAAAUAAUGACAACCCACUGCAGCUGGGUCAGCAUAGAAGUCCUGUUAGCAUACAAAAGAUUACAAGGACUGACAAGAGGAAAAGGAAGUCACCCCAAACACCACAGAAAGCACGGAAAUCACACCCUGAAAAACCAGAAACGUCAACUCUCUUUCUGGCUCGAUUCACCCCACUGUUAAGUAAUUCCAGAGGAAAUGAUGAUGACAUAGCAGACAGUACCUCUGACAAAGAUGUGCCUACAUCAGAUGGAGUUUAUGGAAGUGUUGCAGGGAAGGAAGAGACUGCCACUGGUAGCCCUUGUGUUUACAGAAGUGAUACAACCAUUGGCUUAGCCACCAAGACAGAACACACAAGCAGCAGUCCAGAUGUUCAAUAUUCCCCAUUUGGAAAUUUUGUGUUCAGGACCCCAUCAACGCCUAGCAGACAUGGAAGUCCGUCAGGAAUCGACACCACGUCCACUCCUGCAUAUUCCAAGGAAAACCAACUUGUCCCUCGUGAUACUAGAGCACCCGCACUCAGUCCCAUUGUAUGCAGUUCAUCACCAUUUGCUCAAACACUCAAACCAAAAGUCACUCAUGGAUUGAAGCCAUGCAAGGACAGUAGUGUGAGACCAGUUUCUAUUGCAGCAUCACCAAGAAACAGUGCAUUGAGUCUGUUAGCUUGUAGUCCAUUUUCUAACAGGGCAUUGCCACAGUCCACUCAGUUGAGAAGCCCUGAUGCUGGUCUGGAAGUCCAGCAUAACGUAGCUAGUAGCUCUUGGGACACAAGAUACAGUGGUGAAAAGACAGGGUCAUUCAGCCAGUCAUACAUCACCGUGGAUACCACAACAUGCAUCACAGACCAUUCCGACAGCAAGAGUGGAGAGGAUGAUGCUGCAGCAACUCCCGAGUCUACAUGUGGAAGGAAGGUGCAGAUGGGCAUGCCAGAUGAUCUCCGUGUGAAGCUGAAGGGGAUGAAGAGAGAGGUGAAAAGGACAAGGCCUGCACAGAAGUCAUGGUUUUCCUUAGCAACUGCCGGUCCUGUACUGAAAAGUUCCAAAGGUUCCAGUGAUGAUGAUGAUGAUGCCAUCUCACUGUUUGCAAGACCAGACGAGGUUUUUUCCCUUCUUGUUGAUGAUGACAUUGACAGUGAAGUAUCCAGGGAUACCCAGGGGGACAACAGCCCUGCAGCUAAGAGCUAUCCCAGCACUGAGGAAGCCUAUAGGCAGAAGCCAUCUCCUGUCACCUAUAAAGCAGUAGACAUACCCAGUGACUCACUGGACCUGCAGGAUGCAGAAGAUGUCCAGAUGCACCAAACAGGAAGGCUGAUCGUCAAGCUGCCGGAGAAGAUGACACUCAAGAGGAAGGUAAUAGCCACGGACACUGAGGGUACUACUGAUCAAGAGGAGACUGCAGGACCUUCUAGUCCCAAGCAACCCAGGACUGCUGUCAGGGAAGGCGAUAGACCUGUAGAGAUGUGGAGAAAUACAGGCAGGGGAGAUGAGCAGCAGACAGGACAGCAGGACAGAAGACGUGUCAGGAGAAGUCUGCCACUGCCCAACAAUUUCUGUCGGCAACAUUUCCUGACAGAGCGAGGCUGCCAGUAUCAGUUUGGGCAUGUUGGCUGUAGGUAUCAGCACAGGCUGUACAGUAAGGCGAUGGCGCUUGAUUUGAUAGAUUACAUAUCAGCGGAUGGGCGGCCUGUUCCCCUUACCGUGCUCAGUGACUGCAUCCGUCUGCAGAUCCAGGCUGGAGACACAGCAGAAGCUGUGGAAAUGUUCAAGAAAUUGAGUGAAUAUCCUCGAAGGAACUUGGGUGAGCUCAGUGUCAUCGUGGAUGAACUGACUGAUAACCUGUUAAGCAUGCAGUGCUGGGGUUAUCUGCAAGAGGUCCUCCUUCUAGUUCUGCACUUGGGCAUCACGCCAAAUGACAAUGUGCUGUGUGAGCUGAUCCAGCAUCAUUGGGACAAGAACAACUGUUUGGCCAUCAGGCAACUCAACCAUCAGUUUGAUGAGAACGGCAUACGGCCAGGAGAUGCUGUCCUGGUACUGGUGAACAACUGUCUGACCCGGCCAGACCGCCCUCCUUCACGGGACAGUCUGACCAGUGAGGAGGACACGGACGAGCGGCACCACAGGCACUUCAGUCGCGUCCAGUCCGAGCGCAUGGUCAUCUCCUCGGAUGACCCUCUGACUGGGAUUCAGGACAAGCCCAGCCAAUCACUGUGGCCCGAACCAAGUCGUUCUCAAACACCCCUGGGCAUUGUGAACCCACAGCCACAUUUUAACUUGGAGAGUUUUAUACAGCAUUCAAAGGAUCUGUCCCUAUGGGUCCCUACAGAGGAUCUUGGCCAGGAGCUGGGGAAGUUGUACACGAGUCUGAAGAGCAGAAUGGGUAGUGAGGGCACCUCGAAUCUGAGGGUGUUACAGGCUCUGUGUGAUGCAGUCAGCACACGAGAAUGUUUUUCCGAGGUGUUUCAUGCCAUGAUAAAAACAUUGGGUCACUCAGCAGGAGAGGAUGGUGACAUCACCUUAUACCAAGAGGACGUUGUCCCACUCGGACGUGUAGCUGUGUCCUUGUUGCUGAAGGCGAAGCACAGGGAAGCAUGGGAACAAGGUUUCUUCAUGCUGUACCUCAUGCACCAACAUAGCAUAUUGUAUGACGAGUUGCCCGGCCUUAGCGAUGCAUGGAGCCAGGAGGACCAAUGGCAGGUGUCCAAUGCAGCGCUGCUGAUGUGCCUGAAGUCAGGCAACAUUGAGCCAGCCCUGGAGGUGCUGAAGGGUAGAGAUGACAGCUGGCAAUGUCCUCCUGAGUCCCUUGGACCAGUCUUUGAGGAACGACGUGACCUUCUCCAGGAGAUUCUGGCUGCUGUGACACUUACACUGGAGAAUGCGGCGGAUUACUUUACCCUGAUGGACACCGUUAAAGACAUGGGAGUUGCUUUGGCCCAGCAGUGGAUGGAAAUCUUAAAACAGAAUUUGUCUGACGAAACCGUGAACUUGGUGGCGCUAGUGUCAGAGCAGAUGAUGAGGAGAGGGUUGCUUGGUUUUGCAGUCAAUAAAGAAGAGGACAUGCCAGCGAUUAUAUCCUCGCUGGUUGAUGUCCUUGGACGGAAUGGGCUGGAGGAUGAGGCACGGAAGAUCUUCCUGCACGGCUGUCUGCAAGGGAUGUAUAAGAUACCCCGGUAUCUUGAUGAGGGGAAGCCUUGGGAUCUGUAUGUUCCAUCCGACAUGAAGACCACAGAGAUACAGUUCUAUGUGGAGCGUCACUUCCAGUUUCUUAGCCACGAUCUGAUGAAGGGGAAGUUUGAAGGAAACCACCUCACCUUAUCACUCUGCCACAACACGGCCCAGCAUAUAGGGGGUACAGAAGGUCGCACUAGAUUGAACCAGGCCCUGCAGGAUGGAUUUGGGUUUAAAGAUGGUGUAGAUUUCAUUGGCCAAAUGGUUCGGGGUUGCUUUACUGUGGUCAUGUACUUCAGUGCCAUCUUGGACUGGCUACAGAGUACAGAUAUUGUUGUUGACGAAAGUGUGUCUGCCCUGUCGGACUUUGAGCUGGAGGACGAUUCCUCAGUGCAGCCUUCGCGUCCUCCCAGUCAAUGUAGCAUGGACUCACACUUCACGUCUCUAACCAAUGUGGCCAACAGAAAUGCAGGGAACAAUGAGUAUGAAGAAGAUGACAGCCCUGCAGCUGACUCAUGCAUAUCUGGUGCACCAAACUUUCUGGAUUCCGUGGAAACCCAGGAACAGCAGGUGGGUGCAGGUGACAGAGGCCAGGUGGCUAGCAUGUCUUUCUACCUGGACACAAAUGGUCAAGCAAAUCCUACACCACAGAACAGGUUUCAGAGCAGUUUACCACAAGUCCAGCAGCGCAGCUCAAAUGCUGCAGUAUAUGUCGAAGCAGAGAACAGACAAAUGCACAAUAGAGACCAAGGCUCCCACCAGUCUCACAAACCUGCUCAUAACAACAUGCAGCAACUUGGCAGUCAUGAUAGGAGAGGUGCACCGCCCCUACCUGAACUCUGCAGGAUCCCAGAAUCAUCCCAGUCUAUACUUGGGGAGUACCAUAAUCCCAACCAGAACUCCAUACUCGGAGAGUAUCGCAAACCUCUCCAAGGUCCCCAGCAGGACUUCCACAGAGAGAACCUACCUGGAGUACCACCACAGCAUCCUCACCCACGGCCACCGCAGCACCCAGCUCCACGUCUACCUGUGGCAAGGGCCAUGCCAUUGCUGAUGAGCCAGUCACAAAUCAGUCGCAGGGACAAUGUUAACAAUGUAACAGAAUAUUCCCAACUGCAGGGUCGCAGAAAUGACAUCCACAAUCCAGGGUUUCACAUGGGUCCUCAGCAGGGUCGCAGGAGUGACGUGAAUAGCGCAGCAGGAUUUCGUGUGGGUCCACAGCAGGGUCAGAGACAUGACAUAUAUAACACAGCAGGGUUUCGCAUGGGUCUACAGCAGGGUCAGAGAAAUGACAUGAAUAAAGCAGCAGGAGUCCAUAUGGGUCCACAGCAGAACACAGCGGGGUUUCGCAUGGGUCCACAGCAGGGUCAGAGAAAUGACAUAAAUAACGUGGCAGGAUUUCGUGUGGGUCCACAGCAGGGUCGCAGGGGUGACACCAAUGCAGCAGAAUUUCACGCGGGUCCACCACAUGGUCCCAGAAGUGACGGGAACAAAGCAGCAGGAUUUCGCAUGGGUCCACAGCAGGGUCGUAGAAGUGACAUCACCAGUGCUACAUGGCGUUGCAUGGGUCCACAACAGGGCAGCAGGUACCUGGAGCCGACCCAGCGUAGUGAAACAAGAGGAGAUGGCAGUAAAAGGAAAACAUUUCGGGAUAUGCCUCCUCCCCCUCCCCCACCCCCUCCUCCUCCACCUUAUCCUCCUCCAUACAUUCCUCCUCUCCUCCCCUCAUAUCAGGCAUACUUACCAGGAAUGGCAUCACCCCCCAAGAGUUCCAAGACAGUGUCUCGUCCCCAGCAAGGGACGAUCGACAUUUUCAUUCGCCGAAUACGUGAGGAGAUUGAGAGCCACGUGAGGAAAUUCGGACAAGUCGAAGAGGAACAUGUCUCGACUCUGGGAAGCCGCCUUUUGGAAGGGUUUCUUCAGGAAGAGGGGCACGCGUUGUACAGGAGGCUGCAGUUCAACGUGGAGUUGCAUCAGCGCAUCUUGAAAUUUGUGAACUGCAACUAUCAUCAGGAGUAUGCACGCUUAUGGAAGAAAUAGCAGUGCAUCUGCCCAUCAGCUUUGUUAAAGACCACCAAAGUGUAUUCUAGCCAGCAUAGAAGGAUUUUUUUUCAGUAAUCAAUGGACUUCAUACAUUGUAUGAAGGUUUCUGUGAGAUGAACAAGUUGAUGUGACAUCCAAAGACUUUUCCUAGUUCUGAUGAACAGUCUCUUUCAAUGAACUCACAUGGCACCCAUUACAGUCAUACUACUCUACUACUCUAAUUAUACUACUCUAAGGAAUCUACCUAAUACUGUGUCUGUCAUGGCAGGCAUUGGGAAGUUUUUUGAUACAUAUAACAGUGACCUGUGUCAUUUUGGUGGAUGACUUCAAUGUACAAAAACAGCACCUUCACAGGCUUAAAGGGAUCAUGAUCCAACCACAAGGAGCAUGGUAUACCAGGAUGACUCAUACCUGGUCCGACUUGUGUUUUUUGUCUAGAAGCAAAGUUGGUAGAUGGAAAAUAUGAUCAUGUUAGAGCUAUUAGGUUAUUGUUGACAAGAAGUUGUCCUGUCUGGCAUGUGGUAAGGAAGAUUUGGGAAGUGAGAAAGAAGAGAUCAGACAGGUCAGAAAGGACACAUCAAUCAUGCUGUUUGACAGGCUGUAGAAUUGUUUUGAAAAGUUCAUUUUGUUGUUUUGAACUCGAUGUUAAAGGACCAACAGCCUACAAACUGUUAUACUUUGAGUUAUUCACGAGACCUUAGCAGAAUGUCUUAAAAUUUAAACACAGGAUUGUGGAAACUUGGAUAAGGAAAUGGUGCUACAGAAAAGUUUCAUGCUUGUUAGAUAAAACUUUUUUUUUUUCAUUAUUUUUAUAGUUGGCAGUUACUGUUACAUUCUAACUAAUGUUUAAUAGAAGAGCUCGUACAUGACAUUUUGUCACAUUAAAGAGUCUUGAUGGUUUGGGAAUUGAUUAAGUGAUGAAAAUCGUGUAGCAGUAUUCAAUAUUUGAAACCAGAAUCCAAUUAGCCUAGGCUAGAGUAAAUCAAGUUCAAAUUAACAUUUAAGCCAUAUUUUAAGACGAAUGAAAAAUGACACAAAAAGGGAUGAUUUUCAAUAGGUCGCCUGAACUUCAUUUAAGAGCAUAGUUACCGAUACACCCUUAUAUAACUGGUUGACAAUGCUACAAGUAAGCUCAUGUUCUCGAAAGUGUAAAACUGUCACAAUGCAUGCUGAACUUUCGGGUGUUCAAUGACGUCUUUCCUCGGCCUACAGUAUGGAUAUGUUUCUUUUGUUGUAUUCUUGUUAUUUAUAUUCAAAUAUCAGAAGUAUAUCAAAGCCAUUACAUAUAAAACUAAGCCAUAUCUAACUUGUAGGACAUUAUUAGAAAGUUCGUGGGAUAUCAUAUAUUGCUCUAUAUUUUUGUUAUUUAUGAUUUAUAGAUAGGUGUACUUUAAGUUCUCAUUCAAGUCAUGAUUAAGGAUUAAAUAUAACGAUUUGGACUC